CAGCACUUGGGGCAAACACAACCAGAGUCUUCGGUGUUAAUUCCCUGGUCUUCCCAACUAGCAUUUUGAAAGUGCAUUAACAUUUCUGGCCUUGCGCUCUUUCGUCGGACUUCUAACGAGAAUUGUUUUUGCAAACUGUUCAAGUAAGAAUUAGGUCUGCCAACAUUUUCAGAUGGCCUGUAAAAUUUGCAUAUUGAUUUGGCCAUGCCCACAUGAGAACUAUCUACAUUUACAGAAGUGCUCUCUUUAAUGUUACAAGCAUGACUUCUAUUAAACAUAUAGUGGCAGAUUUGACUCAGCUAUGUGCUUUCGGGUCUUGUAUGCUAAGCUACUCAGGAACUGUUGUCUAUGGGAUUGAACACUUAACAGCUGUCUCUGGGAAUGUAAAUUUGAUUCUUUGGACUACUCAUGGGACUCUGUGACAUUUUCCUCUCCAGUGACAGCAGAUUUGAAUGGCAUUAGGCUACUGAUUAAAUAAUACCCAAAUAGCUUUCAAAUGAUUAGAAGAAUUGAUUAUUUCUGCGACUCAUCAGUUCAUUUCCUGUAAAAUUCAUGUCUUGCUGUUGAUUUGUGAAUAAGAACCAGACCUUGUAGAAACCACCUUAAUCGUAUCCAGGAGUUUGCAAGAAACAGGUGCUUAACACUAAUUCACCUCCUGAACAAGAAAAAUGGGCUGUGACCGCAACUGUGGACUCAUCACUGGGGCUGUCAUUGGUGCCGUCCUGGCUGUGUUUGGAGGUAUUCUAAUGCCAGUUGGAGACAUGCUUAUCCAGAAGACAAUUAAAAAGGAAGUUGUCCUUGAAGAAGGUACAAUUGCUUUUAAAAAUUGGGUUAAAACAGGCACAGAAAUUUACAGACAGUUUUGGAUCUUUGAUGUGCAAAAUCCACAGGAAGUGAUGAUGAACAGCAGCAACAUUCAAGUUAAGCAAAGAGGUCCUUAUACAUACAGAGUUCGUUUUCUAGCCAAGGAAAAUAUAACCCAGGACCCUAAGGACAACACAGUCUCUUUCCUACAGCCUAAUGGUGCCAUCUUUGAACCUUCACUAUCAGUUGGAACAGAAGCUGACAACUUCACAGUUCUCAAUCUGGCUGUGGCAGCUGCAUCCCAUAUCUAUCCAAAUCCAUUUGUUCAAGUGGUACUCAAUUCGCUUAUUAACAAGUCAAAAUCUUCUAUGUUCCAAGUCAGAACUUUGAGAGAACUGUUAUGGGGCUAUACGGAUCCAUUUUUGAGUUUGGUUCCAUACCCUGUUUCUACUAGAGUUGGUAUGUUUUAUCCUUACAACAAUACUGCGGAUGGAGUUUAUAAAGUUUUCAAUGGAAAAGACAGCAUAAGUAAAGUUGCCAUAAUCGACACCUAUAAAGGUAAAAGGAAUCUCUCCUAUUGGGAAAGUUAUUGCGACAUGAUUAAUGGUACAGAUGCAGCCUCGUUUCCACCUUUUGUUGAGAAGAGCCAGGUAUUGCAGUUCUUUUCUUCCGACAUUUGCAGGUCAAUCUAUGCUGUAUUUGAAUCCGACGUUAAUCUGAAAGGAAUUCCUGUGUAUAGAUUUGUUCUUCCAUCCAAGGCCUUUGCCUCUCCAGUUCAAAACCCAGACAACCAUUGUUUCUGCACAGAAAAAAUUAUCUCAAAAAAUUGUACAUCAUAUGGUGUGCUAGACAUCAGCAAAUGCAAAGAAGGGAAACCUGUGUACAUUUCACUUCCUCAUUUUCUAUAUGCAAGUCCUGACGUUUCAGAAACUAUUGAUGGAUUAAACCCAAAUGAAGAAGAACAUAGGACAUACUUGGAUAUUGAACCUAUAACUGGAUUCACUUUACAAUUUGCAAAACGGCUGCAGGUCAACCUAUUGGUCAAGCCAUCAAACAAAAUUCAAGUAUUAAAGCGUCUGAAGAGGAACUAUAUUGUGCCUAUUCUUUGGCUUAAUGAGACUGGGACCAUUGGUGAUGAGAAGGCAAAGAUGUUCAGAAGUCAAGUAACUGGAAAAAUAAACCUCCUUGGCCUGAUAGAAAUGAUCUUACUCAGUGUUGGUGUGGUGAUGUUUGUUGCUUUUAUGAUUUCGUAUUGUGCAUGCAGAUCAAAAACAAUAAAAUAAGCAGCAAAUGAUUCUUCACAUUUAUGCACUAGCUACGUCAUGACCCUGGGUAAUACUGACCUACAGGAUGAAAAUUGGAUAUGCUUUACUUUUACAAAGCACAUCUUAUCUUUUAGUUGAAGAAAUGGUGGCACUAUUUCUUUUUUUGUAUUAAGCAACUGCACAUUUCAAAAGGAUUAUUGAGAUGUUAUGAAAAUCUCUACCUUGCACAAAAAUCUCCAGCAGCUUUUAAAAUUCAUCAUUUCCACAACUGAAUUGAUUUCCAUUUCUACAGACCUGGCUCAAGCACAAACCAGUUUCUUUGUGUUGUUCUGAUUCAACAAUUGGUUUCUGGGUGGCCAAUUCAGAAGAGUGGACAUUCUCAACAAAUCCUAGGCCGUGCAUUCCUGUCAUCCUCUUCCAGGGGAAAACACCAUCAUCCUUCAAUUGCAACAGUCUCCAGGACCAUCAGCAUAUUGCAUUUCAUGCACACCAAAUAUUUUUAAAGACAUUUAUAAAUAAUUCGCUUAUGACUCACAUUUCUCUAUGAAUUCCUUCAUACAGCAAGUAUAACUCUUUUCUUUAAGGGCUUAUGUAUUUUGUCACUGAUCAUGCAAAUGGACAACAUUUUAGCACACUUUAUUCAUAUUUUAAGGACUUUUAUUCUCUGUUCUGCAACUCUUCUGGAAAUAGAGUAAAUUUUGCUGUUUUUUGUACUCAGUUGCAACUCAUGCUUGGCAUCUUCAGAAUGCUUUUCUGGCAUUAAGAGAUGUAAAUGAUAAAGGAAUUAUUGUAUGAAAUAUUACAAAGAGUAGAAUAUGCAUUGUUAUUCAUUGUAAUAUUUUUUGCAUCAUAAUCGCCUCAUAAAGACUGGUUUCAACCAUUAAAAAAUGUUCUUCCUUAAA